UGGUGGAGGGUAGAGUCCAAAUGCAAAAAGGCUGAUGAUUGAUUGGAUUUGGAUGAAUUUGAGUUGGGCUAAUGCUAGACCCAUUUUCAGAGACUGUACUCGACCCAUUCAUUCAUCUAACCACUUCAGUUCAAAUUCAAUUCUGAAACUUAUAAACACAAGUGAAGCGAAGAGAUGAGAGAGUCUCGAUCAAAAACAAACAAGCGUAAAUACUGCUGUGAAGCCGCAGAGGCGUGAAGUGAAGUGAAGUGCAUUCUGGCUGGUCGACAAUGGGGAUUUCGAGGUUUGUUUUACUCGUGUUUACGAUCUCAAUGCUGGCAUCUCCGGCACUCUCCGAUCUGGUUCUCUCCAAAGUCGAUCGACGUAUUUAUUUGACAUCCCACAUUGUUCGAAUUUCUUCAACUUUAGAGGUGGAGAAUGCAGGUCCAGAGACUGUGUCUAAGGUUUUGUUGGCUUUUCCUGACCUUCAAGCCCAAAACUUGGCAUAUUUGAUGGCUUCCCCGCAUGAAGCCAAAGCGAAAUUCAAAGUCUCUGUUGUUUCUUUCCCUAUUGAUGUCGUCAAACCAGAAGAUAUGCCUCCUGGUGUAACAUUCUAUUCGGUAUCAUUGCCACAGGGAUUAACCGUGGGCGCUAGCUUCACUUUUGAUGUCUUGGCUGUAUUUACCCAUGCCUUGCGACCUAUGCCCGAGCAAAUCGGUCAGGCUGAUAUUCAGCUUGUACUGUACCAGGAUAGUGCAUACUAUCUGUCUCCUUAUGUUGUCAAGGUCCAGUCUCUAAGUCUUAAGCUGCCUGAUUCUAGAAUUGAAUCCUAUACAACACUGGAGAGCACAAAGGUCCAGGGUUCAGAAAUCAAAUAUGGUCCUUAUGAGAAUCUCCCUGCAUUCUCAUCCUCACCUAUAACCGUUCAUUUCCAAAACAAUCUGCCCUUCACUAUUGCUCAGGAAUUGGUGAGAGAAAUAGAAAUAUCCCAUUGGGGUAAUGUGCUGGUCACUGAGCAUUACAAACUCAUCCAUGGUGGUGCGCAAAGCAAGGGUGAAUUUUCCAGGCUUGAACCCCAAGCCAGAGAAAAUGUUCAAGAUCCUUCAGCCAUUAGGUAUCUUGUUGCACAUUUGCCUCCAAGGGCUCAUUCUGUUUACUACAGGGAUGCAAUUGGCAAUAUAUCUACAUCCCAUCUGCGGGGUGACUCCAAAAAGGCAGAAUUAUUGAUCGAACCAAGGUAUCCCAUGUUUGGUGGCUGGAGAACAGCUUUCACCAUUGGAUAUGGCUUGCCACUUCAGGACUGUUUGUAUGAAUCAGAGGGGAGGCGCUUUCUUAACAUUACAUUUAGUAGCCCAGUGAUUGAGUUGGUUAUUGAUACUCUAAUUGUGAAGGUUGUGUUGCCUGAAGGUUCCAGUGACAUAUCUGUAGCAGCUCCAUUUUUCAUGAAGCAGUGGCAAGAGACCAAAAUCUCCCACUUGGAUAUUGUUGGUAGACCAGUAGUUGUGUUGGAAAAGACCAAUCUUGUGCCAGAGCACAAUCAAUAUUUUCAGGUCUAUUACAAAUUCAACAGAUUAUCAAUGCUUAGAGAGCCACUGAUGUUAAUUUCAGGAAUUUUCUUAUUUUUUGUUGCUUGCAUUGUUUACAUGCAUGCUGAUACAUCAAUCUCCAAGUUUUCUGCUUCUUAUUUAGCAAAACAGCAGUGGGAAGAGGUUCGGGUUGCGAUUCAGCAUGUUCAUAAUAUCAUAUGCCAGUGCUUGGCAACACAUGAUAAGCUGGAAGCAUCUCUACGCGACCUUUCCAGGACAGGGGAGGUGCAAGCUUGUAAGGCUGCUCGAAAAUCUACUGAUGGUUUGUUAAAAGAGCUGUCAAAAGAGUUGAAACCGUUGAUGACCUUCUUGCAAUCUUCCCCAUCAGCUGUUCAAGUAUUAUCCAAGGUGGAGGAGCUGGUGGCUAAGGAGAGAGAAUUGCUAGAAAAGUUGAUGGCGAAGCACUCAACAGCAGUGGAGGCCUAUGAUAAGAAGUCAGGGGCCCGGGAUAUUGAGAGCCGGAUUGCUUUGCAGCAACAGAAAAUUACAGCAUUGAGGCAGGAAGUUGAUGAUCUUCUCGAGUUCAUUGAUGAAAUAUGAAGUAGGAAUAAUAUUUUCGUCCAAACUGCAGAAUUUUACCUCCAAUCUGCAUCACUUUGUUUCACUGUUUCAGUCCUUUCUUUUGAUUCUUUGUUGAACAUUGUUUCUUCCUUAAAUCUAUAUAUGCAAGCGUCUGCCCAAAUUAUUUUCGAGAAGAAAAAGGGUAGACAUUUAAGUAAA